UAUAUGUAUCUAUGUACGUUUCUUAAAUGCUGUAAAAAAUGUGCAUACAAUUAAAUAUUAUAUUUUUCACGUGACAGUAUAUUUAUCUGUUUAAAUAGAAUAGUUGUACUUGUUACUUUUGCAAAGGAGUCGUUCGAGGAGGGGUUAUAAAGCAGUGGUUCUAACACAUUCAAAAUGAGGAGUCGCAGUAAUUCCGGUGUUCGUUUAGAUUAUUAUCAACGAAUAGUUCAUAAAAUUAUUAUGAACCAUCAAAAUGCAGUCACAGGUCUUUUUCCUGCGAGCCCUGAAAAUGAUCAUGCUUGGGUGCGUGACAACAUAUACUGUAUUCUCGCCGUGUGGGGACUUUCAAUGGCGUACAAGAAAAUAGCCGACGCAGAUGAAGACAGAGCAAAAACGUACGAAUUGGAACAAAGCUGCGUUAAAUUAAUGAGAGGUUUACUGAUGGCAAUGAUGCAACAAAAAGAAAAAGUUGAAAAGUUUAAAUCCAGCCAAAACCCGCACGACGCUCUACACGCUAAAUAUAGUUCUGUUAAUGGACAAAGCGUCGUUGGCGAUACGGAAUGGGGACACCUUCAAAUAGAUGCCAUAUCUCUUUAUUUACUUGUUUUAGCGCAAAUGACAGCGUCUGGUUUACAAAUUGUUUUUAAUUUAGAUGAGGUAGCGUUCAUCCAAAACUUAGUAUUCUACAUCGAAUCAGCUUACUGCACUCCUGAUUACGGGAUUUGGGAAAGAGGAGAUAAAACGAAUCAUGGUUUGCCCGAGCUGAAUGCUAGUAGCAUCGGGAUGGCCAAAGCUGCGAUGGAAGCAAUGAAUGAACUGGAUUUAUUCGGUGCAAGGGGCGGACCAACCUCUGUAAUUCAUGUAUUAGCUGAUGAAGCACAAAAAUGUCAAGCAGUUUUACAAUCUAUGUUACCACGUGAAUCGAAUUCAAAAGAAUUAGAUAGUGGAUUACUACCAGUUAUAAGUUUCCCAGCGUUCGCUGUGGACGAACCUAAUUUAAUUCAAUUAACACGCGAUGCUAUUACUAAGAAACUGCAAGGCCGUUAUGGGUGUAAAAGGUUUCUAAGAGAUGGAUAUAAGACUCCAAAAGAAGACCCGAACAGGCUUUAUUAUGAACCAUGGGAAUUACGUAUGUUUGAAAACAUAGAGUGCGAGUGGCCCCUAUUUUUUUGUUAUUUAAUUGUGGAUUAUUGCUUCCAAGGAAAUAAAGAAGCAGUAGCAGAAUAUACAAAACAGUUAGAAGAUAUAAUGAUUAAAACCGACGAUGGAAUGAAAUUAGUACCUGAACUGUAUUCUGUGGAAGCUGCAAAUGUAUCAGCAGAGUACGCUGAGCCGGGUAGUCAAAAACGAAUUGCAUUAGGCAGAUGCCCAUUUAUGUGGGCUCAGUCGCUUUAUAUAUUAGGAAAAUUACUACAAGAAGGUUUUCUAGCUGUGGGAGAAUUAGAUCCACUGAACAGACGUUUAUGCAGCGAAAAGAAACCAGACGUUGUAGUGCAAGUUGUGAUAUUAGCAGAAGACGCAGAAAUUAGGGAAAAAAUAGCUCAACACGAUAUCCAUGUACAAACAAUCGCAGAAGUGGCUCCUAUAGAAGUGCAACCUGCGAAAGUACUCAGUCAUUUGUAUACUUAUUUAGGCCGAAAUAAAAAAUUAGGCUUGUCUGGACGUAAAUCAAGGGACGUAGGGAUUUUAAGCACCAGUAAAUUGUAUUCGCUAAACGAUAAGAUAUUUGCAUUCACUCCGCAGUUGACAGACAUGACCCGCUUCUACAUCGCAUCGGACUAUGAGCUCAUGAUUGACAUAUUCAAAGGCGAAAUUAAUUUCUUGAAGUCUAGCUGGCAGAACAUGUUAGGCCGUCCUCUUGUGGUCAUGCCCCUCAAGAACAUUCAUCUAGAUCAAGGGAAAAUACCAUUGGCCAUGAUAACUACUAUGAAGAAGUUGAAAAGUGGUUACAUCAAUGGCACACGAGUUUCGCUGGGGAAUAUGAAUGACUUUCUGAGCACUUCGUGUAUUACAAAUUUAAGCUUCUUGGGAAGCUCCGAAGAUGGGAAACCAGAUAAGUUAAAUCCUCAGGUUCAACAAUAUUUGGAAGAACAUCUCAUGCGUGCAUUUCCACAUCGUACUGGUCUUCUUAACAGGCCAGUAGUACGAUCUGGAAAGAACUUGAAACGCAAAAUGUCUGUUAAAGGUGCCAUAAAGAAAACAAGAUCCAUUGCUGUGGAACCUACGGUUCCUACCAUCCUCCAAGAAUCUGAAAUUCUUGGAAUGGCAGGAGAGGAACGAAGGCCUUCAACUAUUUUAAGCACGAAUCCAUUUAUUGAAGUGACAGAUACAACAUUAUCCCCUACUUCUACGCAAUCAGCUCCAGUUGAUCGUACGCCAUCUCCCACGGAUGAGAUUUUGUCUUGGGCGAACUGUACUAGGUUACACAGACACAGAGGUUUAGGCGAAACACAGUACGCAGACACAGAAGUUGAAGAGUUAUUGUCUAUGCUUAGAGAGACUGAAAGUUUAGAAGAACAAGGAGAUAUUCUGCAGUAUCUUGUGGAUUCGCAAGGCUUAUACUUCAAUACUGGAAUGUUAGAGGAAGGUCAUCCAGUUUUAAUUAAAGAUUUGUUGAAAGAUCUUUACGAGAAAGCGUGUCAACAGAAGAUGUGGGGAAUUGUGCGUCACACUGCAGGAAUGUUGGGAAAAAGGGUUGAAGAUUUAGCUAAAGCGGUCACUGACUUGCUAGUACGUCAGAAACAAGUUACAGUUGGAAUGCCACCUACUAACGAGCACACUAUUGUUGCACCACUGCCUGAAAAUGAAUUACGAGUAUUAAUCCACCAAGCAUAUGGAGACGAUGAGUCCACUGCUAUGUUAACGCAGGAGUUACUUGUCUAUCUAGCAAUGUUUAUUAGAACAGAGCCACAAUUGUUCCACGAAAUGCUCAGGCUUAGAGUAGGUUUAAUUAUCCAAGUAAUGGCUACUGAAUUAUCCAGAACUUUGAUAUGUACCGGAGAAGAAGCAUCCGAACACCUGUUGAAUUUAUCACCGUUUGAAAUGAAGAAUCUUUUGCAUCACAUUAUGAGUGGAAAAGAAUUCGCUAUCAGUAGUGUUGGCAGAGGCAAUUUUUCUGUGAUCAGUUGCAAGUCAAGUAGAGUCAGUAAGAAAUCACAAAUUGGAGGUUUCUUGAGCCCUGACCAAACUGACAGUAGCGAAUCAGAACCUGACAGACAGGGUCAAUGGUUGCGAAGGCGAAGACUGGAUGGUGCUUUAAACAGAGUACCACGAGACUUUUAUCCACGCGUAUGGCAAGUAUUAGAACGAUGCCAAGGUUUAGCGAUCGAAGGUAGAGUUCUACCUCAAAAUCUGACACAGGAAAUGACACCUGGUGAACUGAAGUUUGCGUUGGCAGUAGAAACUGUCUUGAAUACUAUACCACAACCAGAGUAUCGUCAAUUAGUUGUUGAAGCUUUAAUGGUAUUAACCUUAGUGACCGAAUAUAAUGUGGUUUCGUCACUGGGUGGACUCAUCACCGUUGAACAGUUAGUUCACAAGGCCAAUGCUAUCUUCUUAGACGAUCAAAUGAAAGUUGAUGGAGAUGCUACCCUAUGUUGUGCCAAGCCAAAAGAUCUACGGGAAACAACUGCAAUGGGAAAUCUUCUUUGUGGUGGAGCAGCAUAUGUCUGCCAACAUUUCUACGAUAGUGCUCCAAGUGGUAGUUUUGGAACGAUGACAUAUAUUACUAGAGCUAUAGCUUCGUCGUUGAAUUGCUUACCAAAGGAUGGUGAAUUUGAGUGUUCAAUAUCAUAAUUAUUUAUUUUCUAUAGAUAAGAAAGUUUUAGGUAAUUUAUCUGAACGUCUUCUCACAAGCUAUUUAGUAAUCGAUGAUUGCCUGAUUUUCGUGUGUAUUGUAAGCCGACACAGAUUGAAAAAAAUUUAUAUUGUUGCAAAACGAUCAAAUGGAACAUAAGACAAACAUUGGAAGUUUCAAUUUUCUAUACAAAACCCUUUGUAAUGUGUUAAAUAUAAAAGGAAAGAGCAAUUAUUUGUUAUACAGUG